AAAUCGUCGUAUCAACAACGGAUACUAAAAUACGCAUGCGCCUAUCAAUUAUUGACGUGUAUCCGGUGUUGCUUAGUGCCUCGUAAACAAUAUGGAACGCUGUGUGUAGAAAUCCAUAACCAGUAACCUAAAACAUGCAAUAAAACCGUCAGGGGAUUUCGUUUUCUCUUAUCGUGGUUUAGAUCUAGAAACGACAUUUAGUGCUGUGCAGAUAUGGCUACUGGACAUAUUGUACCGGGGAGAUACCCCAUCAGUGACUUAAGGCGGGCCAAAUCUGCUCACCCUCUAGGACUAAAAGAUUUUGAUGCACCCAUGGACCAAGGGACGCUGGCUCAGAUCCGGCGACAGGCGAGGGACUUAUGGUCAAUGCCAGACAGGGAGAAGACAACCUAUAAUUUCUUUCACAAUGAGGACCAGCUUCAAGGACAUGCACCCCCGUUUUCCAGGCCUACAUCCCCGACAAGGAAGAAUAAACCUCAUCCACCACUAGUUUUCCUCUCAUGCCGCCUCCACAAUGUCCCUGGAUAUCACAACGCCGACACAACCAUCGGGAAGGACACGUACAGAGUCGAUGGGAGUGUCCCCGCCUAUGAACAAGACAGACGGGACUCCUUGAGAAGGAAGUACGCCCCCCGCCCUCACACAGCUGCCAUCAUGCCUUUCAAGAGCGUCGAUGAUGAAGUCGAACCAGAAGAUUCUGAAGGAUGGCAAAAACUGGCUGGUGAAACUGAUAAAAUAGAAUUCCUACGAACAGUAAACACUGAGCCAGGCAUAAGACGGCCACCAUCAAAUACUCGACCACCAGCACUCAGGGGAUACCUCAAGAAAGCAGGAUAUACAGAGGCCAAAGAAUGGAUACGCUACCAAGAACCAGAAAAUGCAGCAGCCCAUCGUCUUACGCCAACACAGAGUCUCGAUUUCGAUCUACCAAAACGACGACCAAUCUAUCAACCGGUGACAAGGCGAGGUGACUACCUAGUACACCCAUGCUGGCCGCCGACGCUCAAACAUCACCGGUUGCCUUGCCUAUGUUGAGGGGACCUCGAGACUGCGGGAAUGAGGAGUUGGGCAACAACUGAGGACGCUGUUAUGAUUGUUUGCUCUAUAGUCACCCAUUGUGUGAUAGGAGAUGAGGGUCAAUGAGAAAGACCUGCAUGGCCUGAUGUUAUACUCUGACUUUGGAUCAAGUUUAGAUGUAGGCAGUGGUCCUCACAGUACCACUCGUUUGUUGAAAGUGUAAUACUCAAAACUAUCUGGGUCGACCUUAACUACAUGCAUAUGGAUGGAAAACAAUCCCCUACCUGACUGGUAUUAACUCAACACUCGGACAGUUCCCUGUUCCCAUCUGAUUUGGUAACAUGUCUUUUGAAGGGGUCGAGACAGCAGUGGGAUACAUGAUAUAACAUGAGCAAUAUUGGACUGUAGACGGUCACCAAACUGGUCCCGUACAAUUUCGGUCGCCCUUUUGUCGGGGCGUUCUGUUGUUACGUGUCAUUGUGUACAUGUACCUCAUAUACCUAUGCAAAAUGCCUGGCCAAAGCUUUGUUGAGUCAGUUUCAAAUAUCCAGCCGGCCUCAUUGUGUAGGUAGGGCCUAGCGUGUUGAUACAAAGGCCUACACUCGCUGAACGAUUUUGAAAUAGCCACAUGAAGGUGAAAUGCACGCCUUGAUAAAAUGUUGCAUAUUUUAUUGGUAUGACCACUACUUGCCAAUUAGAUGCAGAUAGAUUGACUUCCAGAAUGCCAUAGAUGACUACAACAUUUCUUUACUUUGUCAGAUUUUAGUUGAAUCACUGAAGCUCAAGAUUUUGGAGUUUUACUUUAUUUAUAAGAUGUUGAAUUUCUGUGCUUGACUGGAGUUGUUUAUGAAGACUUGGACAUCACACUGUGACUUCAAGUCUCAGUUCAUUCAAGCUAAUUCUUGUAGCUAUCAAAUCUAAUAACAUAGUUUCAAACAACUACAGUCAAAUAUGCCUAACGCGGUUUGGGGAACAACAUUUUUGUUUGUUGUAUCCAGUUUGGUUAUAAACAAUCAAUAACAAUGGGUUGCAGUUAAUUAGGGAUAUACCAGAGUUAAUAUCGUAGGCUGAAAUAACAAAAUCCAUUGUAUUUGACUGUUCUGUAUGAACAUACAGAUUUGGGGCCUUUUUGUGAACUAUUAGUACAUGUAGGCCCUAAAUCAGUUCUGAUGUCCUCCCAACAUACCAUGGAAACACACAAUGGAAAUACGCACUAUGACGGUACAUUGGCAUUUCCUCAAGUAUACAUAUCUUUGUACAAUCAUCAUGUAAUCAUUUUAUUUUGUAUAUCUUGUAAAUAUAAAUGUAGCAAAUAAA